AUGGGCGGAACUGCAGCCGGCGCCGAGACGCGAGAAGCCGGGGAAGUGGGUGGGGACUUUCAGCCAAGCGGAGGUCGCUGGUUUAGAGGAAAUUCCAGUGAUUCACAAGAGGACCAGAGUUCCAGCAGUGUAGAAAAUCAGGCCAUCCCAAAUUCACAAAGGGUGCCUCAUCCUAAAUCGCAUCCACCGCACAUAAAAAUGGAUAUAAUCAGGAAAGUGCAAGCCAAAAAUACUCAGCGCUAUAAAGUGGAAUACGAUUCACAGAAUGUGGAUACACUGAAUUUGUCUUCCAAAUCCAAACAGGAGACUGAAUAUGGUCCCUGUCGUAGAGAAAUGGAAGACACUUUAAACCAUCUAAAGAUCCUGAAUGUCUUGAGUCCCAGGGGCUUUCAUAUUCCAAAUUGUGACAAGAAGGGAUUUUACAAGAAAAAGCAAUGUCGUCCAUCCAAAGGCCGAAAGAGAGGUUACUGCUGGUGUGUGGAUAAAUAUGGACAGCCACUUCCUGGGUAUGAUGGGAAGGGAAAAGGAGAUUUCCACUGCUACAACUUGGAAAGCAAAUGA